CAUAGCACAUCCACCAACAAGGCUUUAAGAAGCUCUACAGUUGACAGUUGAUACUUGGAUGGCUGAUUUUGGACCAAAUCUGCAGAGUUUUAGGCCUUGUCAAACUUUCUCAGAGAUGGAUACGAACAUGGAAAUGUUAAACCAGUUUGCAGUGUUGGAGAAUUUCAACAUUCCAAACUUCUCAGUAGAAACUCCUUUGGCCCACCAACAAUUCGAGUUUCCGGAAAACUGUAAUUAUAACAAUCUUUCUAGUAAUUUUCACUCUGCAGAAGGCCUCAUUGCACUGCCAGUUGUUCAUAACAUAACAGCAAAUGAAGAUGCUUUCCAUGAACACAAGCAAAGAGAUGCGCCAGAGCAAUCAACGAGUAACUCCAAGAACAUUUCUACUUCGGCUUCAACAGCUGGUUUUGAAGGAGAUACAAACAGGAAAAGGAAAAAUAGAUUAGCAAAAGGGAAGAAAGUCAGGAGCAAUGAAAAGCAGGAUGAGAAAGGAGAGGGAGUUAUUCAUGUUAGAGCUAGAAGAGGUCAAGCCACUGAUAGUCAUAGCAUAGCAGAAAGGGUACACCAAAAACAUGUGAGAAGAGAGAAGAUCACUAAGAAAAUGAAAUGCUUGCAAGACCUUGUUCCUGGAUGUCACAAGGCAAUGGGAAUGGCAGGGAUGCUGGAAGAAAUAAUCAAUUAUGUCCAUUCAUUGCAGAAUCAAGUUGAGUUUCUCUCCAUGGAGCUUGCAGCUGCUUGUUCUUCUUAUGACUUUAACUUAGAAGCUGGAUCUAGCAAAAAGGCUCAGGAAACCAAUUCACACGCGUCACUGGAGAUGGAGAAAUGGGCAAGAGAAGCCUAUGGAGACCACACUUACUUCCACUCAACAUGGUCCCUUUGACUAUACUUUUGGCCCAUGUUCCCCUUGUUGCUAUACCCAAGGCACAUGUAUAUGCUUCAAAUACUUCUCUGAGGCAAAUCAAAGCUGUUUCCGAUUUCAUCACAAAUGUUCCAAAGAUAGGUUGAGAACUGGAGUACAAAAGCUUUUUAUUCCUAAUUUUUUUGGGUUCAAUUUAAGGUCUGAUUUCUCCUUAGUAUAUCACUCCAAGAUUAUCUCUUUGAUAUGUAGCAGCAUCUGAUGUAUUUGAUGCUGGCAUGUCAGCUACAACAGUUACUCAGAAAAUGGCUUUGAUUGGACUUGGCUUCAUGUAUUGCUUGUAUACUCACAUUUUAUGAUUUGGAAUGUUGCAUAUGGACCACCUAUUUCAUGAGU